GUGUUUUCAUUCUCCCUUCUCCAUAGGACCAUGGGAGAUCACCUUGACCUUCUCUUAGGAGUGGUGCUCAUGUCCAGUCCUGUGCUUGGAUUUUCUCCCUGCUCCUCGAACGGUCUGAUAGCCGUAUAUUAUUUCUGCAACCUCACUGAGGUCCCUCAGGUCCCCAACACCACCGAGCGCCUCCUGCUGAGCUUCAAUUACAUCAAGAGCAUCACAGCCACGUCGUUCCCCUUCCUGGAGCAGCUCCUGCUGCUGGAGAUCGGGGCUCAGUUCACGCCCUUGACUAUUGACCAAGAAGCCUUCAGAAACCUGCCCAACCUCAGAAUCUUGGACUUGGGCAAAACUCAGAUAGACUUCUUACAUCUAGAUGCUUUUCAGGGACUACCCCGUCUGUUUGAACUUAGACUCUUUUCCUGUGGUCUCUCUGACGCUGUGUUAAAAAAUGGUUAUUUCAGAAACUUGGAGUCUUUGUCUCGCCUGGACCUGUCCUUCAAUCACAUUCAUAGCCUUGCCCUGCAUCCUUCAUUCCGGGAAUUAAAUUCCUUGGAAUCCGUUGACUUUUUCCUCAACCAAAUACCCAUUGUGUGUGAGCCCGAGCUGCAGCCCCUCCAGGGGAAAAGACUCUCCCUUCUCAGGCUGGCUUCUACCACCCUGUACAGCAGGGUCUCCGUGGACUGGGAGAGGUGCAUGAACCCCUUCAGAAACAUGGUCCUAGACACCCUCGACGUGUCUGGAAAUGGCUGGACCGUCGACAUCAUGCGAAACUUCAGCAACGCCAUCACUGGUAGCCAGAUUUUCUCUCUGGUUCUUACCCACCACAUUAUGGGUCCUGGGUUUGGCUUCCAAAACAUCAAAGAUCCUGACCAGAACACGUUUGCUGGCCUGGCCAGAAGUUCAGUGAGGCGUCUGGACCUUUCGAGUGGAUUUAUCUUCUCCCUGAGCUACCGACUCUUUGAGGCCCUCGAGGAGCUGAAGCUUCUGAGUGUUGCCCAAAACAAGAUAAACAAGAUUGCAGACGAGGCUUUCUAUGGACUCAACAACCUCCAAGUCCUUAAUAUGUCAUUUAACCUUCUGGGGGAACUGUACAAUUCUAACUUCUAUGGACUGCCCAACGUAGCCUAUAUUGAUCUGCAAAAGAAUCACAUUGGGGUCAUUCAGGAGAACACAUUCAGAUCCCUGGGAAAAUUAAGUACCUUGGACCUCCGGGAUAAUGCUCUGAAAACAAUUAAUUUUAUCUCAAGCAUAUCUACUAUCUAUUUGGGCGGCAAUAAACUGGUGACUUUGCCAAACAUCCCACUCACAGCCAACUUUAUCCAGUUAUCAGAGAACAAGCUAGAAAAUCUGAAUAAUCUCUACUUCCUUCUCCAGGUCCCUCACCUCCAGAUUCUCAUUUUAAAUCAAAAUCGACUUUCUUUUUGUGCUCAACCUCCUGUCCCUUCAGAGAAUCUCAGCUUAGAACAACUUUACCUUGGAGAAAAUAUGUUGCAACUUGCCUGGGAGACUGGGUCCUGUUGGGAUGUUUUCAAGGGGCUUUCCCGUCUCCAAGUCCUGUACUUGCAUAAUAACUACCUGAGUUUCCUCCCACCAGGGGUAUUUAGUUAUUUGAUUGCAUUAAAGACACUCAGCCUCAACUCCAACAGGCUGACGGUUCUUUCUCUUGGCGACCUACCUCCCAAUUUGGAGAUACUCGAUGUGUCCAGAAACCAGCUCCUAGCUCCUGAUCCUCAUGUAUUUGCACCACUUAGUGUCGUGGACAUAACUCAUAACAAGUUCAUCUGUGAGUGUGAGCUCAGCACUUUCAUCAAGUGGCUCAAUCAAACCAAUGUCACCAUAAUUGGGUCUCCUGAUGACAUAUAUUGCCUGUACCCCAACUGGCUCCUUGGGACUCCCCUCUACUCUCUGUCCACGGAGGAUUGUGAUGAAGAGGAAAGCUUAAAGUCCCUAAAGUUUUCCCUUUUCAUCUUAUUCACUGUGACUUUGACUCUGUUCCUCAUGACCGUCUUCGUCGUCACGAAGUUCCGGGGGUCUUGUUUCCUCUGUUACAAGACAGCAGAGAGACUCCUGCUCAAGGACCAAACCCAGACAAGAGAACCUGACACAUACAGAUACGAUGCCUAUUUGUGCUUCAGCAGCAAAGACUUUGAGUGGGUGCAGAAUGCUUUGCUAAAACAUCUAGACACGCAGUACAGUAACCGAAACAGAUUUAACCUGUGCUUUGAAGAGAGAGACUUUAUGCCGGGGGAAGACCUCAUCGCCAACAUCCACACCGCUGUGUGGAACAGCAGAAAGAUCAUCUGCCUUGUGAGCCGACACUUCCUUCAAGAUGGGUGGUGCCUGGAAGCCUUCAGCUGUGCCCGGAGCAGGAGCUUAGCCGAUCUCAACAGCACCCUCAUCAUGGUGGUGGUCGGGUCCUUGUCCCAGUACCAGCUGAUGAAACAUGCGUCUGUCAGAGGCUUUGUACAGAAACAGCAGUACCUGAGGUGGCCUGAGGAUCUCCAGGAUGUCGACUGGUUUCUUAGUAAACUCUCUCGACACAUACUGAAAAAAGAAAAGAAAAAGGAGCAAGACACCAGCAUCCCAUUGCAAACCGUAGCCAGCAUCUCCUAG